AUGUCUCGAAUCAAAGUCGGCAUACUCGGCGCCUCAGGCGAAACAGGCACCUCCAUAAUCAACGGCCUCCUCGAAGCAGGCACCUUCGAAAUCAUAGCCCUAACCCGCCCCUCCUCCAUGACCAAACCAUCCAACCAAGCCCUCGCCUCCCGGGGCGUAACCCUCCGCGAAAUAACCCUCUCAGCAUCCUCCAACCCCACCACCCUCCUCCCCACCAUCCGAGACCUCCAAAUCCUCAUCUCCUCCAUCGCACCCCUCGAGCAACUCGCUCAGAUCCCUCUCGCCACAGCCGCCAAAGCCGCAGGGAUUCAACGUUUCAUUCCCUGCGCUUUUCUCCCCGUUAUUCCCGCUGGUGGCCACCACCUCCUCCGCGACCUCAAACAAGUCGUCUACACGCACCUCACCUCCCUCCCCCUCCCCUACACCAUCAUCGACGUCGGCUGGUGGUACCAAAUCUCCAUCCCCAAACUCCCUUCCGGUCUCACCGACGCCUUCGUCCUCUCUGGAAAGUCCGAAAUCGCCGGGACCGGCAACGUCCCCUCCGCACUGACAGACUUGCGGGACAUCGGCCGCUACGUCGCUCGCAUCAUCGUCGAUGACAGAACUCUGAAUCGAUACGUCUUCGUCUACAACGAGAUGUGGAGCCAGAACGAGGUGUGGGAUCUGUUUGAAAAGGAGUCGGGGGAGAAGGUCGAGAGGCAUUACGUUUCAGAGGAGGAGUUGGUGGCGAGGGUUGAGAGUUAUUCGUUGUCGCAGAAUAUCAGGGGAGAGAAUACGCCAGAGUUUGCAAAGUCGCUGGGGUAUCUGACGAGUAAGGAGCUGUAUCCGGAGCUGGAGUUUAAGGGCUUGGAGGUGUUUGCGAAGGAGAUAUUGAGGGGCGAGGUGCCGACCAUAUAUGAAGAGUUGAAGAAGCAGUUUGCUGCGUGGAAGAAGUGA